AUGGGUGACGCCAAUGAAACGGAUGGCCAGGAUGGUGUCUCCAAUGCCAAUGCCAAUGCUCAUGGCAAGAAGCACAUUUUGCUGAAUGCAUUCGAUAUGUCGACAGUUGGACAUUUGUCUCCGGGGCAGUGGAAGAAUCCAAAAGACAAAUCAGCGACAAAACGCAAGCUCGAGUACUGGGUUGAGCUGGCAAAGCUCCUCGAAAGAGGGGGUAUAAAUGCAUUGUUUCUGGCAGAUACCACUGGUGGCCAUGAUACAUACGAAGGAAAGCUAGAUGAAUGCAUUCGCCGAGCUGCGCAGUGGCCGGUGACCGACCCGUCUAUUCCUAUCUCGGCCAUGGCUGCUGUCACUAAGAACCUUGCGUUCGGCAUCACAGCAUCGACUUCCUUUGAACAGCCAUUUUUGCUGGCCAAACGGUUUUCUACUCUAGACCACCUGACAAACGGGCGUAUCGGAUGGAACAUCGUGACCUCCUACAAGAAGGCCGCGUUCAAGGCGAUUGGACUCGACAGCCCCAUUGAGCAUGAUGAACGGUAUGCACAGGCAGAUGAGUUCCUGCGAGUGCUCUAUAAGCUAUGGAAUGGUUCCUGGGCACCAGACGCCCUCUUUCCCGACCCAGCAAACGACUCGUAUGUGAAUCCGGAUAAAGUUCGUGAAAUCAACCACCAGGGGAAGUUUUACUCCCUCAGCACGCGUCAUAUCGUUGACCCUUCACCCCAACGGACCCCAUUCCUUUUCCAAGCGGGUACAUCGCCCGCUGGGUCUGCGUUUGCUUCAACCCAUGCGGAGGCCAUCUUUGUCUCUUCACACUCCCCGGAAGUGCUGCUGCCCAAAAUCCAGAAUAUUCGCAAACUAGCAGCGGAAAAUGGCCGCGAUCCGCAGUCGAUCAAGUUCUUUGGGACAUUCACACCAAUUGUGGGGCGAACGGAUGAAGAGGCGUGGGAGAAAUAUGCAGAAUUGAAGAAAUACGCAUCUGUCAUUGGCGGGUUGGUGCUUUUCAGUGGCUGGACAGGCAUUGAUAUCUCGAAGAUUCCAUUGGACCAGGAGAUCACUGCCGCUGAUUCUCUGGAGGCAGGAAGGAUAACCAGUCUCCUGGAUUCCCUGCUCAAGACCAGCAAGGACGUACCGCGCUGGACGCCUCGGAUAGUCGCUGAGAAAGCUGCUAUUGGCGGACUGGGUCCGGUUGCAAUUGGGAGCCCAACGACUGUGGCCGAUGAGAUGGAGCGUUGGAUCCGAGAGGCAGACCUCGAUGGCUUCAAUAUCGGCUAUGUGACCACCCCGGGCACUUUUGAGGAUCUCAUUGACUUGGUUAUUCCGGAACUGAGGAAGCGCGGCCUGUAUCCAGAGCUUCCGUCUGAGUCGGAGGAGCCUCUUACGGCGCGCGAGAAGAUCUUUGGGAAGGGCCAGAAGGAACUCCGGGAUGACCAUCCAGGAAGUCGGUACAACUACGACGUCUACCAAGAAGAACCAUACGUUUCCAAUGAAAGAAGUAUGUAA